CAUCCUCCCCCCUUUUCCUCUCACCUCCAACAUGACUUCACUGUCGGGGACUAAGGAGAGGUCUGUGAGCAGCCGGAGCAGAAAAUAUGGGAUGCCGGACACCUCCCCGACCAAAUCUGCCUCCAUUUUCCCGGACACGUGGUACCGAAAGGCGUACGAGGAAAACACUCGCUCCGGCACUCGUCCCGCCCCAGAGGGUGCCGGCUCCAUGCCAAGCUCCACGGGCACCCCGUCCCCAGGAUCAGGGAUCUCCUCACCGGGGUCCUUCUCUGGAUCACCAGGGACCAUCUCCCCAGGGAUUGGGACAGGAUCACCGGGCUCUCUAGGUGGCUCCCCGGGGUUUGGGACGGGCUCGCCGGCCUCAGGCAGCGGAAGCUCCCCCGGUAGCGAAAGAGGGAUAUGGUGCGAGAACUGCAACGCUCGGCUGACAGAGUUGAAGCGACAGGCGCUGAAACUGCUCAUCCCCGGACCUUACUCCAGCAAGGAUCCGUCCUUCUCACUCCUCCUCCAUGAUAAACUUCAGGUGCCCAACAGCUCUCGGCGAGCGUGGAACGAACGAGACAGCCGCUGCGACGUCUGCGCCACUCACCUCACUCAGCUCAAGCAGGAAGCUGUGCGAAUGGUCCUGACUCUCGACCAGUGGGAUUUAUCUCCCACCUCUUCCCCUCCGGCGCUGAUUGGACGUUACGGAUCUCAAGGACCUCCGGGUUCUGUGGGAGCAUCUGGAGCACUAGGAGGUCCUGUGUCACGGGAAUGGCCUCCUCCUUUUCUUCCUUCCUCCUCCUCCUCCUCCUCCUCAGCUGCUGCUCACUCGUCCUCUCAGUCCCCUUCCCCAAGCCCCAGCCAGACUCCAACGCCCAGCCCGAGCCAUGGACCCUGUGCUCUGACAAACACACAACCUCAAGGCGCAGGGCACAGACUGGGGUCCAAGCCCAGCUCCUUGGGCCUUGGAGGUGGGGUGGACAGAAGGAACGGGUCCUCCAGUUCAGGAAAAGCAGCUGGUGCCCAACAGCAACCAGCGACUGGAGUAAACAGCCCCGGCAAUAAUGGUGGUAGCAGCAGUAAUAAUGGGAGCGGAGCAGUGCUGAGUACAGCAGCUCUGCAGGCACACCAGCACCUGAACCGGACCAAUGGGGGCGUUACACUAUAUCCCUAUCAGAUCUCCCAGAUGAUCUCGGAGGCUUCGCGAGACGAGCUGACUGAAGCUGCCCUGAACCGCUACAACACACACUCUCCUUCCCACACCAAUCCAUCGUCGCACACCAACUCUCCCUCUCACACUCCAGCUGUAACCACCACAGCACCAUCCACCACCUCCGCCGCUGCCUCUUUCUUUGCCAGAGCUGCGCAAAAGCUGAACUUAGCGUCCAAGAAGAAGAAGCAGAAGACGGCGGCGGUGACGGCCCCAGUGACGUCGUCGUCGUCGUCGUCAUGUGACCCACAUUUGUUCCCCACCAACUUCAGCUCCGCCCUGUUGAUGGCGCCUCCUCCGGCUCCACCCUGCCUCCUCCGUGCAGCCAAUAAGAUCAAAGAUACGCCCGGGCUUGGAAAGGUGAAAGUGAUGGUGCGUGUCUGCCCGGUGUCUCAGUCCGACGCAGCAGAGUCCAGUUCUUUCCUCAAAGUGGAUCCCAGGAAGAAACAAAUCACCAUCAUGGACCCUUCAGCAAAUCAGACCCCAAAUGCUGCCUCUCAGAAAAGAGUAGGAGCCAAUCAGGUCCCUCCGAAGAUGUUCACCUUUGAUGCUGCGUUCCCUCCUGAUGCAUCACAGGCGGAGGUGUGCGCAGGAACGGUUGCUGAGGUUAUUCAGUCGGUGGUGAAUGGAGCAGAUGGCUGUGUCUUCUGCUUUGGACACUCCAAGCUGGGUAAAUCCUACACAAUGAUUGGCCGGGACGACUCUCUCCAGACUCUGGGUAUAAUCCCCUGCGCUAUCUCCUGGCUCUUUAAGCUCAUCAAUGAGAGGAAGGAGAAAACAGGAGCGCGCUUCUCUGUUCGCGUCUCUGCCGUCGAGGUUUGGGGAAAAGAGGAGAACCUGAAGGACCUGCUGUCUGAAGUGGCUACAGGAAGUUUACAAGAUGGACAGUCACCUGGAGUCUACCUGUGUGAGGACCCUAUCUGUGGCAUGCAGCUCCAGAACCAGUCUGAACUUCGUGCUCCGACACCAGAGAAGGCGGCCUGGUUCCUGGAUGCAGCCAUCGCAGCUCGCCACAGUAGCCAACGCCCCAACACCACAGAGGAGGAACACAGGAAUUCACAUAUGCUGUUUACGUUACACAUAUACCAGUAUCGUAUGGAAAAGACAGGAAAAGGAGGGAUGUCAGGAGGACGCAGCCGCCUCCAUCUGCUGGACCUGGGCAGCUGUGAUGUUAAAGUACUCGGAGGUGGAGGUGGUGGGAAGAGCAGGGAGAACUCCUCACCCAGCUCGGCCCCUCUGUGCCUCUCCCUGUCUGCCCUCGGCAACGUGAUCCUGGCCCUGGUCAACGGGAGCAAACACAUCCCAUACAAGGACAGCAAGCUGACCAUGUUGCUAAGGGAGUCGCUAGGCAACAUGAACUGCCGGACCACCAUGAUUGCUCACAUCUCUGCCUCACCCAGAGAUUUCUCAGAAACCCUCUCCACCAUCCAGAUUGCUUCCCGGGUCCUCCGCAUGAAAAAGAAGAAAACUAAAGUGACUGUGCAAUACACCUCCAGCUCCUCGGGAGGAGAAAGCUCCUGCGAGGAGGGUCGCAUGCGCCGCCCGACCCACCUGAGGCCUUUCCAUCACCGUGGCGACACCGACUCCGACCUCCCGUUGCUGCGACUGUCCAGUGACCCCGACGAGUACUCCAGCAGCGAGCAGUCAUGUGACACCGUGAUCUACGUGGGCCCGAAUGGAGCCGCCGUGUCUGACAGAGAGCUGACGGACAAUGAGGGACCGCCAGAGUUUGUACCGAUUAUUCCUGUUUUGCUUCGAGGAAAAACGUCAGAGCAGCAUCAAGCACAAAGUCAAAGUCAGGCAGCGGGAGCCCAGAACAAGGUGCAGUCUCAGCCGGACGAACAGCCCAGUGGCCCCUCUCAGCCUCAGCCCUCUCAGUCACUACUCGGUCAGCCGUUGGCCCCCGUCCCAGAGGAAGGAGCUGAGUGCUUGAAGUGCAACACUUUUGCUGAGCUGCAGGAGAGACUGGACUGCAUUGAUGGCAGUGAGGAGGUGGCAAAGUUUCCUUUUGAGGAGGUUCCAGCAAACAAACAAGGGGCCAAACAAGAGCCAUGUCCAUCUUCAUCAGCUCCGACCUCUGCCCCCGGCCCUGCAGCUGUGUUGGAUACAGAAGCCAAAACAGGUUCUGCCUGCGCUGUAGGAGGAGCAGUGCAGGUCUCAUCCUCUCCAGCAGCAGCAUCCAGGAGGAGGACCAAUGACCAGCAGCUGCAGGACAUCAAGGAGGUGGUGGAGGAGGCAGAGCUGGCCCAGACCAUGAUCCACAGCCUGACUCAGAGUUCUGGAUGCCCCAUAGUUACUAGUACCAGGAGUGUUACCGGCAGCAGCAGCAUCACCUCUAACCCCCUGCACCGAGCUAAGAGCUCCCACUUACAUGACAGCCGUGAGAAUCUGAAUGUGGUGGGCAGUAACGCUGACGGGAAGGCACGUCCUCUAGGAUCACCGCGCCUCGGCAUCGCCAGCCUGACCAAAACCUCAGAGUACAGACCUCCAUCUUCCCCAUCUCAGCGGUGUAAAGUGUACACGCAGAAAGGUGUGAUGCCGGCAACGCCUCCUCUGUCCUCGUACACUCUGGCUCAGGACGGCCAGGCCACAGAAGCUUUGACCUCAGACAACAGUUUGGCAGCAGACAGUGGCCGUUCCUCCACAGACUCCCUGCUGUCCAGGACUUCUCCUGCGGGCAUGAGCCCACAAGUUCGAGAGCCAACUCCAUCUCUGUCUGCCAGCCUGGGCUCGGCCGAGACCCUCUGUGACGACGACGUACCACCGAUACCGUUGGAUACGCAUAAAGAUGCCACAGGACCGGCAGCGUCUGCAGGAACAGGCGGUCCUGUCCUGCUUGGGGAGGAUGAGCUGGUUUACAGUGUGGUUGCUGGAGGCGAGGAGCACCUUGAUGUCGCAGCUCUCACGGAGGCUCAGGAUUUGGUCUGUCGUCCGACGAGCAUCAUCAGCUUCAGCAGCGACUGUGGCUCCGCAGUUGCCCUCGUUUCAUCUCAACCCGUCAGCAUUAUCAGCGGCGCGGCUUCAGAUGGAGCUCUGGAGGAUUAUCCAAUUCCUGCAACCACUUCAGGAGUUACAGAGGUGGUUGCCAUGGCAGAGGUGGCAAUGGCCAAGCUGCGGAUAGAAGGUGAAGCCUUAGCAACAGGGAUGUCCAACUGUGGUUCACCCAUCUCCUCCUGGAUGAGUGAUCUGAGCAUGGGCAGUGAAGCUGAUCAGUCUCUCCACAGCUUCAGUCAGUCCCAGAGCCAGCAAGGGGAGGCACUGGCUGAUCCUGAACCCAACCAGAGCUUUGGAGUCGAGGGUUAUGAGAGCCCCAGAAGAGGGAGUCUGGACGGAGAGCUGGUGCUGUCAGAGAACCUGAGUGACAAAGGUACUCCGACCAAAGACAGGCUGAGAAAGCUGCCUCCCUCUAUGGCUAAAACCAACAUCCAAAUUCUGGCUGGACCUGGUAACAUCUCUCCCUUCAAGAGCACCGUCAGCGCUCAUCCUUGUAUGGCCGUCAAACCCAUGGUCAUACAGGAACCCACCAUCCUCUCCUCACCUACGAAGACCAGCCUAAUGAAAGACCCAGUCAAAUCCAAUGCAGCACUUUUAGCUUCUAUUUCCAGCGAGAUGAGCUUUGAAGACCCCUGGUUGAAACGUGGCACUGAGGAGGGAAGGUGCAGGGAGCUAGUGUGUGAAGUGAAGCCAGAGAAGAGGGAGGCCGAGCACUUAAAGAGCCACGCAGGAGAGAAGGCCGGAGCUGGAAGUGGGGAUCAUGGCAGCUCCAGUUCAGGCGGAGAGGUGGUGUCAUCUCCAGACUCCUUUAAACGAGUGGUGGAUGGCUGUGAGAUGGUCGCUGUUGUUGUUCAGGGUGAAUGCCUGACCAGCAUCUACAGCUCAGAUAUCCACCGCACAGCCAGUCUGCCCCGCGGGUGGCACCGUCUCAACCGCCACGACGGCUUAGACAACGGAGUCGAGUACCGCAAUCUCGGCGUCACCACUUCAACUCCCUGCAGUCCCCGCGCCACACUAGACCGCUGGGGUUCGAAUGGAAAACAGGGUUUCUUCUCCCACAAGAAGGGGGGAAUCCCACCUCUGCCCCCGGUGCGAAAGUCCAGCCUCGACCAGCGAAACAGGGCAGCCAGCCCUCUCCACCAACCCGGCCAUGGAGGGUCAUCACUGGGCGGCUCAACAGAUGAUUCAGGAGUAUCAGCAUGUGGCUCUGCCGGAGCCACCAGGCAACGAGGCUCCAGCAUAGACAGCAGCAGGCUGUUCAGCGCCAAGUUGGAACAGCUUGCCAACAGAACCAACUCUCUGGGUCGAGUCCACAGCUCGCACAGUGGUUCUCACCAUUACGACUGCUUCUCCCUGGAGAGAGGCGAGAGCCUCAGAGGGGGAGGAGGGGUGAGGGGGGACAGCACCAUGCCUCGCACCGGACGCAGCCUCACCCGUGCUGGAUCAGUGUCUUCUCCCACUGGAAACAACGGCAGCCUCGGUUCCAAUGGCAGUUCCAGUCCAAGCAGCGCUCCUCAGUCACCAGCCAAGUCCAGCGGCCAGUCAAAGAUCUCAGCGGUCAGUAAGCUGCUGAUGACCAGCAGUCCUAAAGCCAGGAGUCUGUCCGCCUCCAGCACCAAGACUCUGAGCUUCUCUACCAAAUCUUUAAGCCAAGCUACCAGCCGCAGCUCCAGCCUUCCUCCCAAUGGAAAGCCUCAGAAUUCAGUCCAGGGCCCUCUGCAGCAGCAGCAGCAGCAGCAGCAGCAGCAGCAGGGACCGUCCCCUGGAUCCUGGUCCACACAGUCUCUGAGCCGCAGUCGAGGGGGAAGCCUGACUGCCAAGCUGCCUCUGCGAGCUGUCAACGGUCGAAUCUCAGAGCUCCUCCAGGGAAGUGCAGGCUCCCGUUCCAGGAGUCACUCCCAGGGAGGAGGCACAGAUCCAGCAGAGGAAAGAGGAGCUGGAGGGGCAAGUGGAGGGGCAGCUGGAGCAGGAGGUGGUGGAGGAGACAGCCUGGGAGAGGAGAGGGCAGCCGUGGUACAAACUCUGCCUUCUCCUUACAGCAAGAUCACAGCCCCCAGAAAACCACACCGCUGCAGCAGCGGCCACGCGAGCGACAACAGCAGCGUACUGAGUGGCGAGCUGCCCCCGGCCAUGGGGAAGACGGCCUUGUUUUACCACAGCGGAGGCAGCAGCGGCUACGAGAGCAUGCUGAGGGACAGCAGCGAGAACACGGGAAGCACUUCCUCCGCUCAGGACUCCCUCAGCGAACACAGCUCGGCCACCACCUCGUCCCGAAGAAGCUCCAAGAGCAGCAAGAAGAGCCGGAGCAACACAGGUCUCCAGCGUCGUCGUCUGAUCCCAGCGCUGACCUUGGACUCUUCUUCUUCGUCACCUUCUCACCGCUCCUCCAAACAGGCCAUCACUUCCUCUUCCUCCUCCUCCUCCAGCCCCGGUGCAUGCUGGGUAGACGGCCCACUGGGGCCUCCCGCACCCUCAAACCUCCGAAGCGCGACCGCGACAACGGAGACCUUUGAGAUCAAGGUGUACGAGAUCGAUGAUGUGGAGCGACUGCAGAAGAGGAGGGACAAAGGAGGGAGCAAGGAGGUGGUGUAUGUCAGCGCCAAGCUUCGUCUGCUGGAGCACCGCCAGCAGCGAAUCAGUGAAGUCCGAGCCAAGUACCAGUGUCUGAAGAAAGAACUGGAGCAAACCAAACAGUACUUGAUGCUGGAGCCGCACAAGUGGACCACCGAGUUUGAGCUACAGCAGGUCUACGAGGUGGACUCACUGGAGUAUUUGGAAGCUCUGGAAACCGUCACGGACAAACUGGAGACCAGAGUCAACUUCUGCAAAGCUCAUCUCAUGAUGAUUACCUGCUUCGAUGUGUCCUCACGGCAUCGGUAGACAGAUGGAGGGACGGAGAGUCAGACGCACAGCUGGACUCAAUUAGGCGUCGGAUGUUUGUACCUUUUGCCCCCUAAUUAAUCAAACACAUUUAGAAAACAUCUCUUUAACAAAUAAAUCUCAUCGGAUGGAGGAGGGACACGGGGGAUGGACUGAACGCUACAUCCUGCAUGUUGUCUCCUCCAGAUGGAGGUCGGCAGAGGGACGGAUGGACGGAUGGAUCUAAUGGGGAUACAGAGAUAAGUUACAGGCCAACAGACAGACCAGCUCAUGGCUUUUUUUGUGUGUGUCGGGGGUUUGAAAACGACCCCAGAAACGGACAUUAAACAGCAUCUAAUGGACGCUUUAAAUCAGACAAACAUGGCUGUCUAAAGAGGCAGACAGAUGGUUGUGGGUCUGAAAAGAAAAAUCAGCAGCAAGUGACCAGAGAGCUAAUAUAAGUGGACUACAGAGACGCCUCUCAGACUGGACAUUUAAGAAUGUACGGAGAAGACAAGGAGGAGAAAGACGAACAAAAAACUGCCAUUUUUUUUUAAAAACACGGAAGGACAAAGAAGAGAUCUCUCAUCGUUUUGGAAGAGCACUUUCUAAGAGUUUACAUAGUUGAGAGUCUUUUGGCUGUAAAUACGGCGCGCUGACGACAGAAUGGCCCGGUUGUGUUGUUGUUGUUGUUGUGCAGAAAGACAGCAGGACAAAGAAAAAGAUUUAGAUAAGUGCCUUGUGAACAUUUCAACAAUACCAAGACCAAUUAUUUCUCUCUGAAUUUGUGUACAUGCAGUAAGUAUGGUGCUAGCAUAGGAAGAAGAAAAAAAAAAUCCCCCACAAAAGAUCAGCGUCCUUGAAAAAAAUCUUUUCAUUUAUAGUCAUUUCUAAAUGUGAUGUUUUACUGUGGCUCAGUGUUUGACUAUAUGAUAAACUAAUAAUGUAUGUUUCAAUGUGUGGUCUUUGGUGCAUUGACGAGAAGUAUUUUGAAGGUAACACCAAGUCCUCUUUGAAACAAUAAACUGUUGCAAGGACCAAAAAUCUAAAUUUAAAAAAAACACACAUUUUUUUUUCUAAGUGUUUAAACUGAAAAAAAAAAAAAAAUGUUGUGGUGUUUUUAUCUUGACUUUACUCACAAACAUCCGAGUUUUGACCCUCUGUGGCAUCCAUACACAAUAUCUCCCCCGAUACAGAUACGAUGGCUUUUUCAUGUUCACAAAGCAAUGAAACGUCUGAGUCACACAGGAGUGGAAGUGAAAAUGUUCCUCUUUGAUCCAGUGUUAAGUACAUCCAUCGACUGACUGACUGACAGGCCGACUGUCUGUUCUUUGUAUCCGUGUUGUUCUGCUCUAUUCUAAAAGAAACCCAAUGAUUCGUCGACGUGUGUGUUUUAUAAUAAGGUUUCCUUUUUUUAUUUGAGUGCAAUGGGACCACGUAGAGACUAUUUAUAAUAGUAGGAUCAUGAAAAGAAAAAAGAGAUAUUUAAAAAUAGAUAGUGAAGAGGAGGUGCAGGAUACACCCACUGAUGGGAAGUGUUCAGAUUUUAUAUAUUAUUGGAACAAAGUGGUGAAUUUAGUCUGGAAAUACUUUGAGAGCACAAUUAUGGGUGGUUUAAAUAAUCCCAGUAUUGUGUCCCAACAUUGUAAAGGAGCGAAAAUAUUAAAAAGAAAAUUCAUGUCCAGUUCAAACGGCAUAGAUCUCUGCCUGGUUCCAUUAUUCGGGGGAUGGAUAGCAACACUUAAAAUUUGUUAAUACUAUUAUCUAUGGUGCUUGAGAUGUUUAUGAUCUAAAUGUUUGUACAAAUAUAAAUAUAUGGAAGAGCCUGUUUCCCUCUGAAAUACAGAACAAAACACUUCAAACGCUUCUUCUACAUCUUCUGCCAUCGCGUCUGUUGUCCUCAGUGUCACCACCCGCUCCUCUGAGUGGCUUUGCAAGCAGAGAGCAUCCUGGGAGACGCCGCUAAUCCUCUCGAAAGGUGAAAGGAGGAACAGACGCUGACUUCAGAGGAGUGGAAAAUGCUGUAAUGACAUCGGUAUGAUUUGUCCAAAUACCGCUAAAUGUACCUCUCUGCUCAGAGCACAAAAGCUGUUUUGUUCCUGUGGACGGACGCAGAAGCAGAACAUUUGCAGAUCAGUCUGCAGGGUUUGACAUUCUCGUAACAGCGAUUCAUUUCACGCGGCGUCCACCUCCAGAAGGAAAUGAGCCCGAAUGCUUUUGACAAAACUGGACCUACGAAGUGUUUCCACCAGAGGCAGCCCUUAACAUUGUCCUGUUUUUAUCUCCCAGUUCACCGUGCAAGUCAUGAAUGAAAGUUUAUUUAUUUGAGCUCAAGAGGGCAAAGUCGCUAAUUAAUGUUCUUAUUUAUUUACACCUUAUGAUCUUAAGAAGUUACUAUGCAUUUCAGGAAAAAGAAAAAUAACUGUACAUACUUCGCUGAGCCCGUGUCAUAUAUAAAUAUAUAUACUGUGCACAUAUCAUAUAUGCGCUCAUUUUUAUUUUAUAUAUUGUUUUUUUUUUGGUUGGUUUCAUUUGCUCCUGUUGUUCCUCUUGGGGAUUUUCAUGGGUUUCCUAAAACAUUCAUCAGUCAUGUGGCUCCACAAGAACACCAGUAAAUUCAACCAGAACUCUACACUGAUGGUUCAUUGGUUUUUUUUUUUUACAUGUGAAGAAAAAAAAUAACAUUUAGUGUGAAGACAGCUGUGUUGCUUUAAGUGAAACGCUCGUGUCUUCUCCAGUGCUACAGCCUUGUGUAAUCAGCAGUGGAUGUUUUGGGAAGCCCAGCCUCUGGACGAGCUCACGGUUGGCCCGGUUGUUACAAGAUGCUAUGUGGGAGGUUUCCUCCUUGAUACGUCACUGCCAAAUCUGUCAUGGUAGCGCUUUAUAAUUCAAGCAAUAAUUGAAAAUCAAAUGGGGUUUCGGUGUCCGCAUGUUGUUUAUAGUGAAGCUAAUAGUCCGUAUGAACCAUGCGGAGUGUUUUAAAUCUGAUUAUUUACCAAAUGGCAUAUCAGAGCAAACAGUAAAAGGUACAAAUUGACGUAUGUGCAGUUGCAGGAGCAUUCAAGAAUUAUAACGUGUUAUCUGGAGAUCUGACGCAUAGCAUCUUUAAGUUCUUAAGGAGUACUGUGUGUUAAAGUCUGAGUCAGACCACAUUUACCAAAAACAGAUGUUCUCAUUAGUGUUGAAACUCGACUUCAGUUCCUCUCAAGACAGAGAUUGGAAAAUCUCCAGAUAACUGAUUAAAACCAGUUUUCUGUAAAGAAGAAUUAGUUCUUACACACAGCCUUGAUCAAUAUCUUUGGUAAUUCUCUUUGGAAAACAGCUACGCAUCAAAUGAAAGGAUGUGUUUGUGUUGAUUCAAGAUCACGCUGUCCUCUGCAGAUGUACCGUUUUUGUGAGAUGUGGUCUGACACACUGUGUUGAUGGACGAGUAAGACGGAGGGAUGUAAAUAAAGGAAUGUAUUGAAAGAG